GACCGAAGACUGAAGUAAUGAGCAAUGGGUCAUUUCCACGAAGACGAACCAGAAGAUGGGGUUCCUGAUGAGAGGUUACCUGCAUCAAAUUCUGAACUGGAUAUUGCUAAGAAACAACAGGAUAAAAUUUAUAAAUGCAGUUACGAGGGGUGUGAAAAAAGUUAUGGCAAACUUUCUCUGCUAGAGAGGCAUCUUCGUGGACACGUUGGGGAGAAACCCUGGAAGUGCACGUUUCCGAGAUGUGGAAAGGCUUACACGACAUCUUUCAAGUUAAAAAAACAUCGAAACACUCAUGACAAUUUUUCUCGUCCCUUCAGUCCGGAUCUCCCCGAUCUUCCUCCAGCAAAAAAACCGAAAACUCUGCAUAAAUGUACUUACGAGGGAUGUGAAGCUACUUUUAAAAAGCGGGACAGACUCGAGGGACACAUUCGACAACACAAGGGAGAGAGACCAUUCAAAUGCACAGUGGAAAAUUGCGACAAGGCGUACGCCACCAACUCUCAUCUGAAAAGACACGUGCAGAGCCAUACUAAAGUCUCUACUUCACUCAUCUGUGACAUCUGCUCAUUGGCUCUGAGCAAUCGUCAGAAUCUCCUCAGACAUCAUAAAAGAGUCCACAGUAGCAACAGACUCUACUGUGAAGAGUGCAAUCAAACAUUCAGAAAGAAAAGCAACUUUGCUGAGCACAUGGCUACGAUUCACACCGGUCAGGUCAUCACGUGUGACAAGUGCACCAAAACAUUCAAGACUUCUGCGCUGUUGACCAGGCACUAUCGAACUCAUAUCAAGUCUUAUCCCUGCGACAGAGCCGAUUGCAAAAGAGUAUUCAACAAGUUCAUUGAGUUGAGAAGGCAUAAGCAGAAUGAUCAUGUAAAUGAAUACAAAUGCCCCAAAUGUGAAAAAGCUUUUCUAUCCAGAUCCCAUGUGAAGUAUCACUUGCAGGUGCACUCGGGCUCUCUAAUCCCCUGCCCCUAUGACAUGUGUUACAAAACGUAUAGUUAUCAGAAUAAUCUCGAUUUUCACAUACGCUCAGCUCACAUGAACAUCAAAGUUUACUGUGAUAUCUGUAAACUUGGGUUUAAUGAUAAGGCAACGAUCAGGAGGCACAUUCAGACUCUCCACAUGUGCAAAGUCAAGACCAAAAAUGAGAGGAAAAAGGAGAGGAAGAAGAGGAGAGAUGCUGGAAGGGCUAAGAAGAGUAUGGUAUCGAAAUUGUGUGGAUUGGAAUUACCAUUUACUGAUGAGAAGGCCGUUCUCACACGAUCCCCUAGAGUAUGUGCGACAAACGUUACAUUUCCAGCUGCAGAGAACGCUUCACCAUGAAUUCAUUCAGUAACUCGUUUAAUUAUUCAUAAAUGUAUGAAUUUGGGAGUAAUUUAAUUCAUAAAACAACAAUUAAAUUCCUAAAAUUGUGAUUGAAUUGAUGACAGAAGUUGUAAAUAUUCCACAGGAAUUUUUGGAUGUCAUGAAUUCAGUUGGACAUGAAUUUACUGAAGAUAUUCAGUAAAUUUUUGAUUUUUAUUUCUUCACUGCUACUUAACUAUUUUCGUAUGCAUCUAAUUAAAUCUCAGGAAUUUUUUUACUCCGAUUGAUUUUUAUUUAUUUGUACUCAUCCAACAUGAAUGAUCCAACAUGAAUUCUGUUCGUAGCACAUGAAUUUCUAAUAUUUCAUUAAUGCAAAAAAGAAAUGAAACUCAAUUUACUGCGAUGACUAAUUAAAUCCAAAGUGAAUUUAUGUGGACAACUGUUUUUGUUUAAAAUCGGCGCUUCAAGCUCCAGUCACUAAUGGAAUUAUCACGACAAAUUUCCGGGAUUUUAAUUUUAUUUUUCUGCAAUAGGAUAUUCUCUUUUUUUAAUUUCUCUGCUGAAUCCCCCGGAAAUGUUGUACAAUAUAUAUGAAAGAAUAAUAUAUUUCGUAAUGAACUUUUGCUGUGUCCAUUAAUUUUCAAUAAACGCGCGCGUAUUGUUA